AUGUCUACUACUACUACCCCCAUCAUGUCUGCAAAGAGCAAUAAAACCGCCAAACUUCCUGCCAAACCUCGUGCCAAGCGCACCCCGGCUGCCAAGCCUCCAGCCAAGUGCACACGGGCUACCAAGGCUUCCAAAACCGCCGAGACUGCCAAGGCUUCUAAGAACGCCGAGAGGUCUAAAACCGCCGAGCUUCCUGCCGAGCCAGCUGCCAAGCAAGCCGAUACCGUCGAGCCAGCUGCCGAGCCUUCUGCUUCUGGUACCCCUGCUGCCAAGCCUUCCGAUACCGCCGAGCCGAUUACCAAGCCUUCCGAUACCGCCGAGCCGAUUGCCAAGCCUUCUGAUUCCGGCACCCCUACUGCCAAGAUUUCCGAAUCCGGAAGGCUUGGCGCCAAGCCUUCCGAAACCCGCCCCAUUCAGUAUCAUGAGUCAGCUGCUGAGGCAUUAGUAAUGGGUGGUGUUACCAAUACUGCUACUGCUAAGAAAUUGGCUAGUAUGGAUUGGAUUAGACCUGUUAUGGUUAAGAAAGACAGGGGUCUUAAUAUGGCAAGGCCAGUUAAUGUUGAGGCUAUAUUGGGAUACAGCAGGGGUGAACUUGCAGAGGCAGUUUGUGACUGUUGUACUGACGAAAUUAAACCUCGCGAACGCUCUGCACUCAUUGCAAGCUCUUCUACAGUUACUGCGGAGGGUGCAGACAGGCAUAGGAGAGUUGCAAAGAGGAAGCGGUCCACUACCAAGGAAAAAUGGUGGAGGCUUUUGAUAGCGGUGGAGGGAGUGGCUGAUGCAAUUGAGGAUAUCGUGAACGAAAUGGAAGAUUAA